AUGCGUUUCUCAGCGGGCAAGAUCGUCACUCUACUCCUGGCUGCCACCCUUGUCGAUGCUCGGGACGACGACAAUAACAACGGCAACAACAAUAACAAUGGAGGAAACAACAUGAACGGCGGCAACAAUGGUGGGAACGGCGGGAACCGGGGUGGUAACAACAACAACAACAACAAUCAGCAGCAACAGCAGCAGCAGCAGCAGCAGCAGCAGCAGCAGGGUGGAAACCAGAGGAACAGUGCGGUCAACAGCAACAGCGCCGGGAAUGUCAGACUGAGCUCAGCGGGCGCCAACACAGCACUGGCGUCCCUCGGUGCCGGUGCCGGAGGCGCGGGUGCCGCCAGCGGCCUUCGACAGUUCCCCGGGUUCCAGGCUCAGACCGAGGGCGGCCUCAAGCCGCUCCCCAGCAUCGCCAACGGCGCCGUCGCCAUCGGCAGCGCCCCGCCCGCCAUCCAGAGCCAGAUCGACGCCGUCUCCUCGAGCCUCCUGGCCACGGCCGUCGCCCAGACUACCGCCGCCGCCGGCGUGGUGGCUGGCGGCGCUGCCGUGGCUGCUUCGACCGGGGCCGCUAGCCUCGCUCCCCUCGCGCCCGCCGCUUCCACGGCGGCCGCCGGCGCCGCCCAGAGCCUGGCUCCGCUCCCCGGCCUGGGCUCGAGCGCUGCCGGCGCUGCUGCCGGUUCCCUCAAGCCGCUCGGCAGCGGUGCCGUCGCGGCCACCUCUGCAGUCGCCGGCGCCGUGACGACCUCGGCUGCGGCCGCCGUCGUGGCGAGCAGCGCCGCCGCGGGCACGAUCCAGGGCUUCCAGAAGGUCUCGGCCGGCGUGUCCUCUGCUUCCGUGUCCGUCGCGGUCGGUGCCGUCUCGACUUCUGCGGCCGCCGGCGCCGUGGGCUCCCUGGUCCCCAUCGCCGGCGUGGCUUCUGCGACCGGCAACCGCGGCGUCGCCACGGCUGGUGUCUCGGCUGCGAACACGCCUGCUUUCCCGCUGGGUAACGGCACCGUAGCUUCCGCCGGCGCCGUAGCGGGCGGCAGCGGCUCCAACACCCUCCGGCCCCUCGGCGGGACGGGCGUCGCCUCCGCCGGCGGCGCCAUCAACACGGGAGCUCUCGUCGGCGCGGGAGCCGGCGCAGCGGCCGGCGCAGCUGGCGCCGCGGGAGCAGCUGGUGCUGCCUCUGGCGGCCAGACCACCGGCGAGACCACUACCGGCGAGUCGGGCAGCAGCACCGGCGAGGAGGCGCUCAAGCCCCUCCCCGGCAGCAUCGAGGCCUCGGCCACAGCCCCGCUCGAGUCCCUGCCCAGCGAGUCGGCGGGCGCCGCCGGCGCCAACGGCGGCAGCAACGGCAGCAACGAGCAGGGCACGCCCACGACGCUGAUGACGGCCUCGAUGCCCGCGGGCGGCCUCAACACCGGGGUGCGGAACCCGGGCCAGGCGGCGGCGCAGACGGGCGCCGGUGGUACCGGUACCGGCGCCGGUGCGGCGGCCGCGUCGGGCGUGACCAACGCCGGGUCCGGCUGGGGCGCCGCUCGGGGCGGGUCGGCGGUGGGCAGUGUCUUGUUGGCUGGUGCGGUUGCUUUCGUUGGUUUGUUGUAA